UUAUUACAGGUUGUCACCGAUUUAUCCUUCUUCCGAAACGGAAUUAAUGUCCCGCGUGUCUGGGAACACUGGGAAGAAGCGGCAAUUGUAGUGGUCGGGAAACACGUGCGAGGGAGCUCUCCGGCGUGUCAUGUCAUUUCUGCGUGGUCUGAAGGGUUGAGCACAAAGUAGUUAGAUGCACCAUGGAGGUAUUAGUGAGGGAAAUGAGCCCGAGGGCGCUGCCUUUAGGACGGAUAGAUGAGCUGCUUAAACUUCACCUCAAAAAGCACAAAGGGAAGAGUCUACCAUGGACUAAUAUUGCCAGACUGCUCUCCAAGGAAGUCGUCGAGUCAAAAUCUGGAUUUCUUUUUCAAAACAUCAGGAAACUAUGCAAAAUAAAACUGUCAGAGACCGUGAACCAGGGCUUGAAGCUCCCCAAAAAGUCAUGUCAGAAGUACCGUGACAUGCUCAGUCGGCUCCAGACUGAAAUGCAUUACAACUUUGAAGACACUGAUGUGUCUCUGGCAGACCUAAAUCAGCUGUCAUCGCACUUCCUUGCCGCAAUAAUUGACUUGACUACCCCUGCCAUUCUGCAAGGUUGUGAGACUGAAGCUGUGUCCAGGAUCUACAUCAGAAUAACUCUGAUAAUGGGUUCAUCUCCUGACCUCAUCCUGGAUACACUCCUCCAGUGUAAGACCCUUAUCUACAGCAGUAUAAGGAACCCAGUUAUAUUUAUACCUCUUAUCAAGAGAAUCUUCAACACAUUCAAGGUGCAAACUUCCUUAACCCCAAAGCUGUACCUGAAGUUCCUGUUACUUGGGAAACUUUGGCUCUUUAUGGAAGAAAAAUCAAAGCUUCCAAGUACAAGGAUGUACAUCAUAAAGUCAUUGCCCGUCCCUCAGUCAUUUAAGGAGUGGGCACGUCAGAACAAUUUAGAUUGGUUUAAGGAGAACGACAUCACAACAAAGAAUAUCUUGAAGAGAAUGACAGUCUCAACAACUUUGAAUAUUUUGCAUGGGAAACGUGUUGUAAAACCACAGGAGCUUACUCAUGAUAAAACAAUGAAGGAGGUGAAUAACAAGAACAAGAACAUACUUGUUCAAGAAAAGGAAACCAUUACCAGUGAACACUGUGAAGGCAAAGCUGAAAACACAGUGAAUAAUGAUGAAAAGAAAAAGAAGACAAAGAGGAAGAAGAAGAAGAAGAACAAGAAAAAGAAGGCAAAUGCAGACAAAGAAAAGGAUGAUUCCAUUUCUAGGAAAGAGACAGAGGAAAUGACAAAGAGGGAUGAAGCUAAAGAACACGAGAAUGCCAAACCAGGAAAGAGCGUGCUAAAGCAAAGGGAAAGAGAAGGAGAUGAUGAAUUGCCGGAAAAUAUCAAGAAGCUGAAAGUCCAGAGUGUUCAGAAAGAAGUCAAGAAGCGUGAAGAAACAAGUCAUGAAGAAAUGUCUGACAGUUUUAGUGAGAGCAAGUCGAAUAAUCAGAAGCGUAAGAAUCUAGAAGAAAACACUCCAGUUUUGGCCAAGGUGAAAAAGAUUGCUUCAAAGAGUGGAGAGAAACUUGUGGAAAAUGAUACAGAAGUUCUGGAUAAAAAUAAGAAAACAAAAAGAAAAUUGGAAAUGGUUGUUGAUGAGGCUAAGGAGAGGAUUGAUAAUAAUAAGAAGAAUGAUAUUAUGUUGAAACGUGCAUCUGAAAAAAUUAGGACUGACAAGUAUGUAAAAGCUGUUCAGAAGUUAGCUGACACGCACCAGAAAGGGAAGGAAUCAGGACGGAGUGAUGCAUCUCCAGUGGCAGAGAGCCAAAUUCACAAAGGCAGAGUGAAUAUUGUGAAGAAGAAUCAGCACGUAACGAGUAGAAGUGAGGAGUUAAACAGCAUGGGUGAAGAGAUAGAAGAAGCGGUUCACAGUAUGGUUGAGAAUAAAGAGGUUAAGACUCCUGAGGUGAAGAAGAAGCUCUGUCUCGUCGAUGAAGUUACUGCUGAUGGCCAGAAUAAGAAGCUGAAGACAUCCCCAGUGAUAAGAUUACGUGAUAAGAGUCAGGAAAGGAAACCGUUAGGCUCUAGUCCAUUGUGUGGAAGAUGUGAGGAGAGUGUGACUAGCCCCAGGGAGAAGGCAACUCUGACUAGAGAAGAUAUCAUUGAAGUGCGGCAGAGAAUAAGACGUAAUAGCGUUAGCUUUACCAUCACAGAUUUACUGCUGACAGAUGUAACCCCUAAUAAAGGAAAGUCACCCAGCCAAGGAACUAACAAAAUUUGUAGUAGAACAGUUCAAAGUCCAUCAGGAAUGACCUUUGAAGUGUUUGACAUGGACGAUGACGAUCACCAAAGUGUAGAUUCAGAUGACGCACCGAGUGUCAGAGCAUCAGCUGAAGAAGCCGGAGAGGAAAGUGAUGUGAAUGAAGAAGUCGAAGAGAAUGAUACUUCUGAUAUUAUUGAGGUGUCUGAAACUGAUUCAGUAGUAGCCGUAACACAGACACCUAAGAAGGAUCUUGCUGUUAACGAUAAGACCAAAGAAAUAAGCAACACUUCUGCAGGAAAAGAUUUAGAUUCAGAACUGGAAAUUGUUGAAGUUAUUCAGAACAAAGAGCCUGCUGCUUCUGAGAAAGAUGAAGCUGCACUUGAAGAUUCAUCAGAUAUAGAUGAAGCCUCUGGAUCUGACUCCGACAUCAUUCCGUGCGAUGAAACUGCAAAGAUGUUUACAGAUGAAGAAAAUAAAUAUUACCAUGAUAAACUAAUUGCACAGGAAUUAAAAAGAAAAGCAGAAAAUAUUGUGGAAAUGGAUAAACUAGAAUUCCAGAGGAAGAAGACAAAGGAAAAUGGCCACCAUGCCAGUAAUGGCGAUGAUGCUAGGAACCCCAACACAGACGAGAGAAAGUGUGAAGUAGUAAAUGUGGAUUGUAGUUCUAAUAGCCACGCUGAAGAAAAACGGGGAAGUGAACAAGAAUUGGAGAGCGACGGGGACAUGGAAAUACUCCUACAGACAAUUGCCAGGGAUACUGGCAGAAUAGCUUCUGUUAGUGGAUUUAAAGAAAGCUUGGUUCCUAAGGAGAUUAUUCAAGACAGAUUAGAAGAAACCAAUGUUAAGGAGAGUGCAGUGAAAGGAAAAGAAGCUGAUUUAGCUUCUGAAAACAAAAAGUUAUUGUCAAAUGGUCCUGUAAGUACCAGUGAAUCCACAGAUGGAAAUCUUUCAAAUCAUGUAAAGGACUUGGACAGCAGGAAGGUAAAUGGUAUAGAUGCACGAACAAAGAGUCCUAUUCUAUUUGAGGAUGACAUUAUUGAAAAUAAGAAAGAUGAAGAUACCAAUCAUAGACCUGAAAAGGAAGCACCUUCUGAAAAUAACAAGAAGGAAAGUGAUAUUAACAGUGAAAAUAUUGAAAGCAAAAGUCAAGAGAAUAGGAUAGAGGUCGAGAACAAGUCUGCAGCUAAUGACUCUUUCAGAUCGGAAUCACCGGAUGAAGAACCCCUCAGGCUUGAGAGUGAGUCACCAGAGAAGCCAAUUGUUUCUCUAGACAACAAGAAUUCCCAGGCUGUAGAGAAUACUUCAGGCACACCUGCACCACCACCUUUGAAUGAUUCAAUGCCUGUAGAUUCUGUAGAAGAGGAUUCUGAGUCCACUGAAGGGGCUGAUGAGGCAUACGAAGCCAGUAGUGAUGCGUCGGAGGAUCCUAUGCCAAAAGUUCGCAAAAGGACUAGGUCAUUACGGAGAAAUCUCAUUUCGCAUUCUGUUUUGCAGGAUGCCUCAGAUUCCGAUGUUUCUCCUAUAAGAAAUAGGAGAAGUCGUUUGACUUCUGAAGUGACAUCCACUGCAGGAAAGGAAUCUCCCCGUAGGCAAAGGACUCGCAGCUCAUGUUCAGAAGUUACAGGGCCUGGUCCAGAUACUUUAGAAACAGGUCGGCUUGAAUCAGCUCCCAGCGAUAUAGUUAAUGAUAUUAAUAUAAAGUCCUUGAGUGAAGUUGUGUGUGAUGUUCAUCAAAACAUUAGUGAAUGUGAUUCUUUGUGCAGCUUAGAAACUAUGCAGGACUCCACAGGUACUCAUAUUACCAGUGAAGACACUUCUUUCUUCUUAAAUGAUGUGAAAGGAUCACACAGCAUAUCCUCAAGUGCUACACCCAUUGUUUCAGCUUCAGGAACUCCCAUUAAGAAUGUUACUGACUCGGUCUCAUCGCCUAUUACCAGACGUUCCACCAGACUACUUGCUAGUGAAGUCCUUGAAAAAAGUAAACCUCAGAGGCGAUCUCUGCCUUCAGGUGCACUUUCUGAUGCAGCAGUCACCACAAAAACCUUAGCAACAAGAGUUCUGACCAGAAACGCAAGACGAAAAUCUUUUUCAGACACUGAAGUGCACUCACAGCAGGCACAUCAGCAGAAGCUUGAUGUGAUAGGGAGUCCAAAGGUAACUGAAAAAAUAGAAAGUAAUAUUACAGAGAUCAUGAAGGAUACUGAUGGAGAACUUGACUCUGACAACUUGUCUCUAGGAUUGGAUGGAAAUUUCAGUUCUUCUAGCCUCUCUUGCAGUCUCCUUCAGAUUGAAGAGGAACCCCUUGCUGAGUGUGAUAAUAAUAAUGAAAAGCAGAUACAGGCUGUUGUAAAUGACCUGAGAAUAUAUGAUAUAAAUGCAGAUGCAACAAGUGAAUCUCAGACCCAAGAGAAGGAACAGAAGGUAGUAUUAGCAAAUCAGGUCAAUGCUUCAGCAGAAGACUUGCAAGAGGGCACAGAUGCAACAGAGUCUGAUAUUAUGUGUCAUGCUUCUGAUUCUGAAAAUCAACUAAAACUAAAAGAAACUGAAUCUAUGGAGGAUGUUAUUUGUGAUCAGCUAAUAAAGGGAAGAGCAUUGGAAGACCACCAUGAAGUAGAGGCUUGUUUACCUGAAGAUGUAGAUGAAGAGCUUGAGGUUCUUUCCACAUCUGGUGUAGAUGAUACUGAAGAUUUAUCCUAUGGAUUGUCCAGUUCUUUCACACUUAAAGAUGAGGAUUCAGAAAAUCCAGAAACACAGAUGACAACUCCAAAAUCCUUCACUAGAUUAAGGUCCUUGUCUCAACGUAGGUCUGGUGGCAAGAGUUCUAAGAAGGAUGAUAGAGUCAAUGAUCUGAAGUUUGAUUCUCCUCAUCUGUCCUCUCCAAAAGUCAAAGCUCAGCUAGUCUCAGAAGCCGUCUUGAACAAAGAAGUUCUAAUAAGCCCUGAGGUCAGUGAUGAAGAGUGUGAGUUGGUAUCGCCUGGGGGAGACGAGACUGACCUGCCAAAGGACAGUUUCUCACUGUCCGGUGGUCCUGAUCCUCUUACACCGGUAAGCCGUAGGAAUAAGAGGAGGAGUGGAGGUGGCAUUAGAUCUCCUCAGAAAAUGAUCCCAGAAGAGCAGGAUGAGACUACUACUCAUAUUGUGAGUGUUCGUGGAUCUCCUGCUAGUAAGACAUCACGCAUUCUGAAAACCAAGAUGUUUUCAGCAAAAUCACCCAAAAUUGUUGCAGAAAAUACUGAAGGAAGUGCAGACAUAACUGUAUCAGAACAGCAAAAAUCUGUUAAUACAGAAACAGAAAACAAAAUAAAGUCUCCUGCAAAAAGUGCAUUGGAAGAACCUUCGGAAAAAGAUUCAAAUACAUCUCCCGUUCUAGAAACACCAGCAACGACACCAUCCCCUAGAAGAGACUCGGGCAAAGGCCACAUCACAGGCUCAAGCAGUCAGGAAGCUCCAGAUGUUGAUGCAGAAAGUGAUACUUCUGUUGUGAAAGAGUCAAGCGAGGUGGCUAGUGUAAGUAAACAGGAGACCGGCUUAAGUAUGGACUCGGAAAAUAAAGAUUCUCCAGUGAAAACAAAGCGGAACAGAAGGUCAUCACUUGCAAUUUUGGCCCCAGAAGUCAAGCUAACGGAUAAUGAUAAGAUUAGCAAGAUAAAAUAUAGCUCGCCCGAACAACAGGAUGAACAUGCAGAAAAGACAUCGAAAGAGGAUUCUACGCCUGUAUAUAGAACACGUCGCAGUAUGACUCUGAAGAAGCAAGACUUGAAACAAGAGUUGUUAUCUGCCCCAUUCUCCCCCAGGAGGAGCAGUAGAAGGAAGUCAGUAGCAUCGAAUUCGUCUGAGAGCACAGGAAGCAUAGAAGUUGUGCCACUAAGAAGUCGCAGAUCCAGCACUGCUUCGUCCUCGGAAGAUAAGCAUCCCCAGAUCCCUGAAGAGCCAGCAUGCCCAAAGAAGAGCGCCCUCAAAAAUACUCCAAUGGGUUUGGCUUCACCACGCACAAAGAGUGACAGGGCAUCGCUUCUGAAAAGUGACACCAUAGGUAAAUGCUCCCACAGGAAUAGCUCGCCUGCCAGAGCAACUCGUUCAAGCUUGGGAUACACUGAAGUACCUACCAACCUUCCUGCCAAGAGUGGCACACCUGUUCGCACAUCAUCAAGACUUGCCUCCAGAAAGGAAUCCCAUACAGAUUCGUCAUGUGAGAAUGGCUCAUCAAGUGAAACUUCGUCCAAAGGAGGUAAUACAAGUAGAUUAUCUCUCAAGAAAAUGUCAUCUGAUGUGCCAUCCACCAGCAGUGCCACACCAGCAGGACCGUUGAAUGUCUCGGCUAAAGUGAACAGUGAAUUGCUCACUGCCUCAAUCACAGAAAUUAAAUCACCUACAAGGUCCUCAACCUUUAAGUCAUCCCAAGACAAGAAAGUGGCCAGCUCAUCUUCAGGGAAUGAAUCACCGGCACGGUCACUUUCACCAUCAGUAAGCAAAACCCCGGUCAGGUCAGCCUCUUUGCCCUUAGUGAAUAAAACACCUACGAGGUCAUCUCCAUUGAAUUCUGUGAACACAACAACCCUUUCAUCACCUAUGAACAAAAGAUCUUUGAGAUCUCCUUCAGUUAAUAAAACACCUGUUAGAUCACCUAUGACUAAUGCACCAGCAAGAUCACCUGGGAGACCACCUAUGACUAAUGCACCAGCAAGAUCACCUGGGAGACCUCCUAUGACUAAUGCACCAGCAAGAUCACCUGGGAGACCACCAUCUGUUAAUAAAUCUCUCACGCGAUCACCAGCAGCGAAUACAAUCUCUCUGAAAUCACCCUCUAGUAUUAAAUCGCCCUCUAGUAUUAAAUCGCCUCUCACAUCACCUACUGUAAACAAAACUCAAGUGAUAUCAGCCUCUGCUAGUGAAACCUCCAUGACCUCACCCACCAGAGGGUCUCGAAGAUCACUCAGUUCUGACAGAUCACCUCUAGCCUCACCCUCAGUUAGCAGAACACAUACAAGGUCGUCCUCCAUCAGCAAAUCCCCUGCACGACCGCCUGCAGAAAAAGGUCCUCCUAAGCAUUCCCCAAAGAAGAGCUCAUCUCCAUUUAGAGCAGCAGACUCAAACAGUAAAGGAUCUGCUAAAGGUAAGAUAUCCAUGACUUUAGCCUUAUAUCAAGUGCUUAGGUUCAUAAUAGUCAUCCUUACUGUGAUAUUUUACCUUGGAAAUAAUUUUGCAAUAUAUCAGUAUUUUGACAGUUUCUGGUACCGAAUCUCAGAAACCUCAAGGGCACUAAAACAGGGAAGUUUUGUGUCCUCAGAUGCUGAGCCCGUAAUGACAACCCGCAGACUGAGGCACCGGCGAGUGACUUACUCAUUGUCUUGA